GUAAACCGUGAUUGACCACACACUCCAGCACAGUAGGUGUCGGCAUGCGCCUUGUUUGCGGACUACCAUUAUAUCAUAGAAGAAGCCGUGUCGUCUGCCGAAAACUCACGCGAAGAAGAAGCUGCACGUUAACGUGAUAGUGUAGUUGCAGAGAAUUUGUGACUACGUUUUAGACCGUAGCUCUAGCCACAACAAUAUAGCUGAAAUUGAUUGAUUAUAUUAUGGAAAGCGACACCGAGAUGGAGGACUUCGAUAGCAGCGAGGAGGGAAGCAAUUGGUCUGAUGAUAGUUACCUUGCAGACGAAGACUUCAGCUUCGACUAUCAGGAGGGAGUGGAUCCACACGAGGACGCUCUUGAUUGGGAAGAGGACUCAAAUGAAUCAGCAGGCGACACACCACCCAGAGUCAUUCCAAGGAAAGAGAGCCAAUCUGAGAGCGGGGUAAAGUGUUCUGAUUCUCCAGAAGAACCAUGGUUACCAUGCAAAGGUUCACAGUCAACAAGGACAUCAAGUGUUAAAACGGAUGAAGAUGAAGCCCCACUGCUGAGCACCUUGCAUCCAGACCAACAGCGUAGCCCGUCAGUGAAUUUGUCAACAAAGAACUAUUCUCCACGUAAAAGAGUGCCGGCCUCACCCUCAUUAAAGUCCAAAGUACCACGUCUCUCAACCCCAAGAAAAAACUCUCGCUUACCACACAGAACAACCGAGUCAGAUCAGCCAUGGAAAACAGAGGAACACCCUGAUGAGGGUCCUCAACCUUUGAGAUUUUGUCCAAGCAGACCUCCUGGACCUCAAGUAGAUCCCUCAGCCAUGUACUCACCGUUAGACUUAUUUCAAAUGUUUUUUACAAAAGUCACGGUCAGAACCCUCUGCGACAAUACAAAUAGACAAGCGGCUAGAAACAUUGGUAGGGGCAAAAAGUUUAAGUGGAUAGAUAUAACUGUGAAGGAGUUUUACAAAUUCAUUGGAUUGGUCUUCUUUACUGCUCUGGUUAAGACAAGAGCUAUCAGUGAUUACUGGAUAACAAACUCCAUCUUCUCAAUUCCGUUUCCAGCUACUGUGAUGAACAGGGAUAGAUACAGAAUCAUAUCAUGGAACAUUCACAUGAGUGAUCCUGAUGAGGAUGCUGUCAAUGACAGUAAAAAGGGCACUCCUGAAUAUGAUAGGCUAUUUCGGCUCAAACCAUUAAUGAAUGACAUUCGUCAUGCCUGCAUGUCCUGUUUCCACCCACAUAGAAACCUGGCUGUAGAUGAACGGAUGGUGGCAUCAAAAGCAAGAAAUGGGUUGAUUGAAUAUAUCAAGUCAAAGCCCACUAAAUUUGGCUUUAAGAUUUUUGUGUUAGCUGACUCCAGCAAUGGCUAUACAGUGGACUAUGCUGUGUAUAUCGGUAAAAACACGUUUCCCGUUGGCUUUGGAAUUUGUCACGAUUCAGUGAUGUCCCUCGUAAGGCCCUCUGUUCUUGGCUCAGGUUACCACGUGUAUCUUGACAACUACUUCUCCAGCCCAAAAUUAUUCAAGGACUUAUUUGAUAUGAAAAUGGGAGCGUGUGGUACCAUGAGGGAAGGCAGAUUGGGCUUCCCAAGAUCAGAAGAAAAUGCGCUGACCAAGAAAUCCCCAAGAGGAUCUUUACGGUGGAUAAGGGAGGGCUCCCUGCUCUUUGUGAAGUGGAAGGAUGCCCGGGAAGUGUCAAUGGGUACCACCAUUCAUCAAGCGUAUGGAGGGGAGACAAUAAAAAGGAAACGCAAGAAUAAGGAUGGCAAAUGGUCUCACGAGUCAAUUCCAGUACCCACCCCAAUUCUAGAAUACAAUAAAAACAUGGGAGGUGUUGACUUAUCUGACCAACUGAUUACUUACUUCUCAGCCCACCGCAAAACAAUGAAGUGGUACCGAACAUUGUUCUACCAUUUUGUGGACAUAGCGACUACUAACAGCUACAUCAUUCACAAGGAUCUGUGUAAAGUGAACAAGAUGCAGCCCAUGACCCACAAAGAAUUCACACAAGCGCUCGUGGCCCAGCUCUGUGAGGUGUCCAUUGAGACUCAGUCCAAGCCGACAAACACUGGACAUACACCUGUCCCGAUCAAGCCUGUGGCAGACAAAAGCAAGAGAAGUUCUGCAGGACGAAAGCGAUGCGAACUCUGCAAGAAAUCGGGACACUCCAAAGACACUCCCUGGAAGUGCAAUGAGUGUGGCGUACCACUUUGUGUCAUUCCAGACAGAAAUUGCUUUCAUGAUUGGCACAACCUUGAGGGAAUGGCCCCAGUUGAGUAUCAGUCUUCGGACACUUGAGUAAAGCUGUAAGACUUGUGCAGCUAUAUCCUAUCCAUCGUAGAUGAGGAGUGCUGUUGGAUCUGUGCCUUUAUUGCAAAUUUUAGUGUAUUUAAACAAAAUGCUGCUCUUUUUCUAUUUUGACUUUUGAUAGGAGUAAUACUUUUGUGUUGUUUUUCCAAGAUAAUGGAUAUCAGGCCAAAAAUUUGUCAAUAGGGAAAGGCUAAAUACAGUGGGGAGAGCAAGUAUUUGAUACACUGCCGAUUUUGUAGUUUUUCCUACUUACAAAGCAUGUAGAGGUCUGUAAUUUUUUAUCAUAGGUACACUUCAACUGAGAGACAGUAUCUAAAAAUCCAGAAAAUCACAUUGUAUGAUUUUUAAGUAAUUAAUUUGCAUUUUAUUGCAUGACAUAAGUAUUUGAUCACCUACCAACCAUUAAGAAUUCUGGCUCUCACAGACCUGUUAGUUUUUCUUUAAGAAGCCGUCCUGUUCUCCACUCAUUACCUGUAUUAACUGCAACUGUUUGAACUCGUUACCUGUAUAAAAGACACCUGUCCACACACUCAUUCAAACAGACUCCAACCUCUCCACAAUGGCCAAGACCAGAGAGCUGUGUAAGGACAUCAGGGGUACAAUUGUAGACCUGCACAGGGCUGGGAUGGGCUACAGGACAAUAGGCAAGCAGCUUGGUGAGAAGGCAACAACUGUUGGCGCAAUUAUUAGAAAAUGGAAGAAGUUCAAGAUGACGGUCAAUCACCCUCAGUCUGGGGCACCAUGCAAGAUCUCCCCUCGUGGGGCAUCAAUGAUCAUGAGGAAGGUGAGGGAUCAGCCCAGAACUACACGGCAGGACCUGGUCAAUGACCUGAAGAGAGCUGGGACCAGUCUCAAAGAAAACCAUUCGUAACACACUACGCCGUCAUGGAUUAAAAUCCUGCAGCGCACGCAAGGUCCCCCUGCUCAAGCCAGCGCAUAUCCAGGCCCGUCUGAAGUUUGCCAAUGACCAUCUGGAUGAUCCAGAGGAGGAAUGGGAGGAGGUCAUGUGGUCUGAUGAGACAAAAAUAUAGCUUUUUGGUCUAAACUCCACUCGCUGUGUUUGGAGGAAGAAGGAUGAGUACAACCCCAAGAACACCAUCCCAACCGUGAAGCAUGGAGGUGGAAACAUCAUUCUUUGGGGAUGCUUUUCUGCAAAGGGGACAGGACGACUGCACCGUAUUGAGGGGAGGAUGGAUGGGGCCAUGUAUCAUGAGAUCUUGGCCAACAACCUCCUUCCCUCAGUAAGAGCAUUGAAGAUGGGUCGUGGCUGGGUCUUCCAGCAUGACAACGACCUGAAACACACAGCCAGGGCAACUAAGGAGUGGCUCCGUAAGAAGCAUCUCACGGUCCUGGAGUGGCCUAGCCAGUCUCCAGACCUAAACCCAAAAGAAAAUCUUUGGAUGGAGCUGAAAGUCCGUAUUGCCCAGCGACAGCCCCGAAACCUGAAGGAUCUGGAGAAGGUCUGUAUGGAGGACUUGGCCAAAAUCCCUGCUGCAGUGUGUGCAAACCUGGAACUACAGGAAACGUAUGAUCUCUGUAAUUGCAAACAAAGGUUUCUGUACCAAAUAUUAAAUUCUGCAUUUCUGAUGUAUCAAAUACUUAUGUCAUGCAAUAAAAUGCUAAUUAAUUACUUAAAAAUCAUACAAUGUGAUUUUCUGGAUUUUUGUUUUAGAUUCCGUCUCUCACAGUUGAAGUGUACCUAUGAUAAAAAAUUACAGACCUCUACAUGCUUUGUAAGUAGGAAAACCUGCAAAAUCAGCAGUGUAUCAAAUACUUGUUCUCCCCACUGUAUAUGGUUUUUGGGAUGUACUAUUUGUAAAUAACUUGUGUUAUUAACUUGUGCUGUUUUUCUUCAGCAAUAUUGUGUUCUGGUAUUCUAGUGUGUCAUUAAAUCCUGCAUGACUCUGCACACACCUUCACACCAUUUCCGUUUGAUCACAAUUAUCUUUAUCAGAUUACAUGGCCUGACUUUUUCCACUAUGUAAUCGCUCAAUUUGAGUCAAGUGAAGGUGUUUUAAAAUGUACUGUACUGGUCAAUGAUGUGGAGUUUAAACAAAUUGCAACCCUAUGGCUCAUAAUGUGGUGAGGCUACUAUGACUAACAAUGUAUUUUCAGAUGUGAAAGAAUCAACCUCAAAAUAACCCAGCUUUUAUCCCUCUGUUUUACUGUCAUAAUUUUUUUUAAACGUACUUCAUGCAAGAGUAGUUAUUACAAGAAACUUCCUCUACGAUGAACCAACCUUUAAUAUUAUUUGUUGAGUUUCUCUUUUCUACUGUGUAGUAAUGGUUAUUUUGUUUUACCAAAAAGGUUCUACUCCAAAAUACCACGCCACCCGCUUGCACGUAGAUCAACGGAGUUAAGCUCGUAGUAAGCCUUUGGGAAUCCCCGGUGUUUGAUGCAUGCCGUUUGGUGCUACGCAGACCUGGUGGCGAUCGCGAGACAGAGGGAGUUUUGAUGUAGAACGUUUGCCUGAUGAAGUCAUGCUAGAAGGGAGAAGUGUGCAGGAGGGUAUGGGUACAGCCAUCAGUGGUACAGAGAGACCGGAACAGUUUGUGCUUUAGUAAGGUUGGCUUCUUGGAGUUUAUUGCCAUGGUCAUUAAUUGUAUCACACAGAUGGAAAGGAAAUCUCAGAAGAUUGAAUUGGUGGUAGCAGCAGCAGUAGAGAAGUUUUUGGGUAUCAGAGAUUUUAGUGUAGAAGAGCUAGAGGUGGUUUUGAGAGAAGGGUGUAGGAUCUGUUGGGGCCAAAGUAGUGGGAAGGUGUGUUGGGCAUAGUGGUAUUGUGUGUGUAUAUAUAAGGGCUGUUAGAUGGUGGUACAACCCCCCCCAUUUUCCUUGUAUGUAAUAUUUUACAAAUGUGCAAUGCACUUUCCAAACUGAAAGGCAGGAAAGCCACACGAAGAAAACAGAAAUAGGAACAAAGAAAUCAGGAUUACCGUUCUCCUAGCAGCAGGCUAUUAUGCUGGUAGCACAAGUGCGGUUUUCUUUAUUCCAAAAUAAGAUUCCCCUGAAAAGACAUGUUAAACUUGGGGAAUAUCAAUUUUUUACAGUGCCUUGCGAAAGUAUUCGGCCCCCUUGAACUUUGCGACCUUUUGCCACAUUUCAGGCUUCAAACAUAAAGAUAUAAAACUGUAUCUUUUUGUGAAGAAUCAACAACAAGUGGGACACAAUCAUGAAGUGGAACGACAUUUAUUGGAUAUUUCAAACUUUUUUAACAAAUCAAAAACUGAAAAAUUGGGAGUGCAAAAUUAUUCAGCCCCUUUACUUUCAGUGCAGCAAACCCUCCAGAAGUUCAGUGAGGAUCUCUGAAUGAUCCAAUGUUGACCUAAAUGACUAAUGAUGAUAAAUACAAUCCACCUGUGUGUAAUCAAGUCUCCGUAUAAAUGCACCUGCACUGUGAUAGUCUUAGCGGUCCGUUAAAAGCGCAGAGAGCAUCAUGAAGAACAAGGAACACACCAGGCAGGUCCGAGAUACUGUUGUGAAGAAGUUUAAAGCCGGAUUUGGAUACAAAAACAUUUCCCAAGCUUUAAACAUCCCAAGGAGCACUGUGCAAGCGAUAAUAUUGAAAUGGAAGGAGUAUCAGACCACUGCAAAUCUACCAAGACCUGGCCGUCCCUCUAAACGUUCAGCUCAUACAAGGAGAAUACUGAUCAGAGAUGCAGCCAAGAGGCCCAUGAUCACUCUGGAUGAACUGCAGAGAUCUACAGCUGAGGUGGGAGACUCUGUCCAUAGGACAACAAUCAGUCGUAUAUUGCACAAAUCUGGCCUUUAUGGAAGAGUGGCAAGAAGAAAGCCAUUUCUUAAAGAUAUCCAUCAAAAGUGUUGUUUAAAGUUUGCCACAAGCCACCUGGGAGACACACCAAACAUGUGGAAGAAGGUGCUCUGGUCAGAUGAAACCAAAAUUGAACUUUUUGGCAACAAUGCAAAACGUUAUGUUUGGCGUAAAAGCAACACAGCUCAUCACCCUGAACACACCAUCCCCACUGUCAAACUUGGUGGUGGCAGCAUCAUGGUUUGGGCCUGCUUUUCUUCAGCAGGGACAGGGAAGAUGGUUAAAAUUGAUGGGAAGAUGGAUGGAGCCAAAUACAGGACCAUUCUGGAAGAAAACCUGAUGGAGUCUGCAAAAGACCUGAGACUGGGACGGAUAUUUGUCUUCCAACAAGACAAUGAUCCAAAACAUAAAGCAAAAUCUACAAUGGAAUGGUUCAAAAAUAAACAUAUCCAGGUGUUAGAAUGGCCAAGUCAAAGUCCAGACUUGAAUCCAAUCGAGAAUCUGUGGAAAGAACUGAAAACUGCUGUUCACAAAUGCUCUCCAUCCAACCUCACUGAGCUCGAGCUGUUUUGCAAGGAGGAAUGGGAAAAAAUGUCAGUCUCUCGAUGUGCAAAACUGAUAGACAUACCCCAAGCGACUUACAGCUGUAAUCGCAGCAAAAGGUGGCGCUACAAAGUAUUAACUUAAGGGGGCUGAAUAAUUUUGCAUGCCCAAUUUUUCAGUUUUUGAUUUGUUAAAAAAGUUUGAAAUAUCCCAUAAAUGUUGUUCCACUUCAUGAUUGUGUCCCACUUGUUGAUUCUUCACAAAAAAAUACAGUUUUAUCUUUGUUUGAAGCCUGAAAUGUGGCAAAAGGUCGCAAAUUUCAAGGGGGCCGAAUACUUUCGCAAGGCACUGUAUGUUUUUGCACUCCAGUGCAGUAGAACGUUUUAUCCAAAACAUUGCUACCACCUUUAGAAAAAAUAAGUUGAUCAUUUGUUGAAUUCAUACAAUUUCUUUAAAAAGUGAACACAAACACUGGUAUGGUCAUGUAGGCUAUAUAUUUUUUUUAAAUACACUUUUGAUAAAACACAUGUUAUUGGAAUUACUCAAUAGAUACUGCAACAUUUUUAUUGGUCUCUGUAUUAAAUGGGUUUAAUACAGAGUGCUGCUGGUGACUCCUUAUUCCAUUCACUGCAGUGCAAUACAUGGUACAUUAUAUGGGAUACUUGUAUGUAAAGCACUUUACUACUGGUCUCAUAAAUUGGGGUGGGAAAUACUCAGUCGGGUCUUUACUAACCAAAUAUGGUUAGUUUUGACAUGGCUUGCUGCUGGCUUUUUACUCCGGCCCCACCAUAGCCCCAAUAAAAUAAAAAAACGGUACAUGGGAUACUUAAUAGCUUGUAGAGAGAACUUAUCUACCUGUCUCCGAUACAGUGGGGUGGGAUAUACUCAGUAGGCUCUCUACUAACCAAAUGUGUAGUUUUUCAACUAAUAGUUGAACCAAGUCCUAUUUCAGACAGGUAGAAAAGGACGCUAUACAAGUGUUAUAUAAAUAAUCUAAUAUCAAGCAUUACUAGCAGACCAAAGCUCUGGUUAAACCGGAUGCCCUCAGAUAACUCUGGGCCCAGUGUCCUCAGUCAAGUUUAGAGCCUACGUGCAAUAACAUGAUUAUCCGAAGGACACACAGCUGCCAUCACGCAAAUAUACUCCCCUGUAACUACAAAGAUCAGCCUGCAACACUAACGAGCUUAGAGUGCCAAACUAUCUCACUGACAUUGAACCCUACAUGCACUCCUGCAUAAACAGGAAACACCUGAGCCUAAAGCAGACAUUACCAGUCCCUAAAUCCACGCUUCCUUGACACACAUACAUCUCAUGAGCAACGCACACUCACACUCCACCCCCCCCCCUACUGGUCGGGUGACGUGAGCAAAGAACUCUGCUGUGCACCAAUGGGGCUCCAGCUCUGGCUAGAGCAGGCCCGCCUCCAACUCUUCAGGACCAGUCAGAAGACCAACACGACGAGACUACACCUACAUUAUUCUGUGUAUACAUUCUGUUGUAAACUCUGGCUGGGCAGCCUAAUUAUUCUGACUCCUCACAGAGUCAUAUUGCUUAGGUCCGUGCACGAUGUAGGACAAGAUAUCUUUGACUCAAUAAACUGCCUUUUUGAUACACCUGAUUACAACUCUGUCCAGCGUCGUUGUUUUGCAUUCCCUCUCCAGUAUGUAAACACUAACACUAUACAAGUCGAUAUGUGUCCCAUGUAGUCUAUUACAGUGUAUUGCAUUGAGGACUAUGGAGGGCAGGGUUCCCACGGGUCCUUGAAAUCCUUGAAAGUUUGUGAAUUUGAGAGAAAAUAAAUCAAGGCCUUGAAAGUUUUUUGAAAUAGACAUGGGUUGUUGAAAGUGCUUGAAUUUAUAUAUUUUGUGCAAGAAUAGAAAUUGAAGUUCUUUAGAUUUAAAAAAACAACUUAACAUCAGUAAUAGGCUACGCCGCUGUCUGCAUGUGUGUCUCCCGCUGUCUCUGCGUCCCUUAUUUCACGAGCCACCUGCCUCUGAGAGAGUGCGACGGUCACGUGCGUGCAAGAGUGAUUGAAGUUGAAUAAAUCAGGUUAAACAGCUCAAGCUAACGUUAAGUGAAGCUUCAGCUAUGCCUGGAAAAUGUAAAUUCCUCGACAAGUGGCUCACCAAAAACUGGCUUGUUAAAGAACCGCUAUGCAGAGUGUUAGAUUUGCGUCAAUUCGAAUAUGGUAUCAGAAUAAAUAUGACAAUGAGUCACCGAUUGUAUACUAUGUAUUUUUUAUUAGCUAAGCAAUAAGUGGUAAAUGCAAUUUUCAUAUAUACGGGCUCUCUGUCCCACCUCGCAGGGCAAACAGAGAACUGACUUGUUCUUGACAAAGAUAUUAUAAAUAUACCCUGACAGAAAUAGUUCCUGCUUCUGAGCCGGCCUGUCAGAGUAGAGACUGGGCAUGGUUUAAACUCACCCAGCCUAUCGUUGAUUGUUGGCGCAGAGGCUGGUCCCAGCCCCCUAAGCGCUUCAGUUGAUAGAUGUAACUGUUGCUGUGAAGAAUAUCUAUGCGCUCAUGCUCAAUACCGUUAUCUCGCACCUGGCUCCUGUUAUCUAACAAAAGACCGUUUGUUCUCGCAUCACUAUGUCCUGAAUGUGCCUCCCCAACUCAUUGCACAGUCCCUGUCUUCAUGUUAUUCUAUAUUUGUCCAUCAUGAGAAAGGCCCAUGGCCCUGAAACUGUAAACAAUGUUUCAAGUCAGCUAUGUUGCAAAACACAUACACACAUCCACACAAGCCAACAGCAGAUAAUAUUCAAUCACAUAUAUGGUAACGGGCUAUAGUGCAUAACACAGAAUCCUCAUAAGAGCCUGCAGAAACACGCCAUGGGCGAAGCAGCUCUGACGAGCUACGCUGCUAGAGCAUCACACAGGCAGUGUUGCCAACUUAGUGACUUUGUCGCUAUAUUUAGUGAGUAUUCAGAUCCCUCUAGCGACACAUUUUCAAAAAAAUCGACUAGCGACUUUUCCUGAUGUUAUUGGAGACUUUUGGAGACUGACGUGGAAGCAUGUAUAGUUCUUACUCUUCUCAACGAGCAGCGGAUGCUACCGUGGGCCCCACCCCGUCCCAAAACACUCAAAGGCGGCCCAGUCCUCACGCAGCAGUCCCUCCCAGCUGCAGUCAGAGCAUUAGAUGUUUACCCCUCCGCGCCCAGACUGCAAAUUAAUUGCGCAUAUGGGAAGCCGCCGCUGGCUGAUCCUGCCCUGGCUUACAUUCAGGGAGGGAUGUAAAUGUAAAAUGUUCUUUGUCUAAAAUAAAUCACUGCAUUUGACUCACACAGCCUUAGUCACUUACUCACCUUGUCCACUGUGUGUGUGCCUCUGUGACAUAAGCUACACAUCUAGCUGGCUAGCUCAUCAUGUCCCAGUCUAAACUGUACACUCAAAAAUACAGAAAGGAGUGGGAAUCAAACCCUGAAUUCAAAGGCUGGUUGAAGCCGUUUAUUGGAGGUGAUACACGGGCCUAUUGCCUGUAUUGUAAGGCUGAUUUCUACGCCAAACUUAGUGAUGUAAAAAAAAUACAUGACAACUCAAAAACAUACUCAAAAGGCAAAGCCUUAUAACAGUUCCACCCAAUUUAUAGUUAAUAAAAUUGACUGCAAAAAAGGCUGAGGCCACCAUGGCAUUAGCUAUCGCUGAACACAUUGGAGAAGCAUGUAGAGCUGCUUUCUCAGACUCCACUGCUGCAACCCACUUCAAAAUGCACAGGUCAAAGUGCACAGAAAUUAUGAAUGGUGUUCUAGCACCAUACUUUCUGAAAAAGUUGGUCGCAGAUGUGGGUAACAAGCGUUUCAGCCUCCUACUCGAUGAGUCCACAGAUGUAAGUGUUUCUAAGUACCUAGGGGUGUGAUAACUUUAGUGACACCAAGCAGACAAUUGUAUCACCAUUUCUGGGGCUUGUUGAGUUGGAGGGAGGAGAUGCCAAAUCUAUAGCCCGUGCUGUUGUGGCUUUCCUCGAAGUGUCAUCUAUCCUGGGGAUAGGGACUGCCUCAUGCCUCACUGAAAACAAUGGACAUGUAUAACAUACCGUACUCAUUGAAGUAAAUUGCAUAUAUUGCAAUGUAAUACAUUAAGAGCAUGCAUGCAUAAAAUAAACUUACUUUGAUCUUGUCACUGCAGAUUGGACAUUUGUAUCCAGCUACAAAAUCGGCUAACAAAAUAACUAGAAAUGACAUCACUGUGUCUCUAAAUUUACGUAAUGUCAUUUCUAGGUUUUCUGUCACUUUGUCCCUCAGAUUUUGGCCUCAGACCUGAAGGUAGUUGUACAUAUUUGUGCUAGGAUACAGACAAAGAAAAAUGAUUGGCUUGACAACAUUACACGGGAUUGAGAUCUAUCAGUAUUGUUCGUGGAAUUUAUAUAGGGGUGGCCAUCACAAUAAUAUAGGGAUAUAUAGUCCUCAGGGGCUAUUUGUACCAUGUUAAGGAUGAAAUCCUCUCCCCAAGGCCUCCCGAGUGGUGCAGCGGUCUAAGGCACUGCAUCGCAGUGCUAGGAGCGUCACUACAGACCCGGGUUGUAUCACGGCCGUGAUUCGGAGUCCCAUAGGGCAAUGCACAAUUGACCCAGCAUUAGGGGAGGGUUUGGCCGGGGGGGCUUUACUUGGCUCAUCGCGCUCUAGCGACUUCUUGUGGCUUGCCGGGCGCCUGCAGGCUGACUUCAGUUGUCAGUUGAACAGUGUUUCCUCUGACACAUUGGUGUGGCUGGCUUCCGGGUUUAGCUAGUGGGUGUUUGGCGAAGGGUGGUUUGGCGGGUCAUGUUUCAGAGGACGCAUGACUCGACCUUUGCCUCCCUAGUCCGUCGGGGAGUCACAGCAAUGAGACAAGAUUGAAAUUGGGGAGAAAAAGGGGGUAAUAGGAAAAAAAGAAAUCCUCUCCCCCUCAUAUCGUGUUGAAGCACGCUGUGCAUCUGAGUUGGUGGUCUUUGAGAGAUAGAAGAUGAAGAAUCUCAAAUCAAGUUCAUAUGGGUAUCUAAGGUCACAGUCCCAGAGCCUACCGCUCGCACGUCACCUUCCAGUUGGACAUCUGCCACAGGCACAUACACUGGCACAGGAGGGGUAAACAAGGAGUAUAUCAUUUGACUCCUGAAACAACUGUGGUGCCGCUGUGACAUAUUGUUCCGGUAACAAAAAGUGAAAUACAAUCACAAUCAGAUUACACACAGUGAGAUGUGUACUGGAUCAUAUACAUAUGUGAUAUGGCAUUGGUUGAACACUAUGGGACUAAUGUAUUGUUUUGCCAUGUCUUGCAUAUAAGACUGACAACAAAGUGAUACAUUUUUAGCCACUGGAAUCUCAAAUAGCACCUGUCCAGUAGAAAUAGCCAUUUUACAAACAAGUCAGGGUUUGGGUUGCAUACUGCAUGUUUGACAUUUCAUCAUCCCUUCACUUAUUUUGACGAUUCUAUAUUUGUCGGUUUCCAUCAGAAAUUGGGUGGUGGAGAAUGGAAUUAGUUAAAUUUUCUAGAAUAGAAAAACAAAUGGUGACAAAGGGCAUAACACCAGUUACAUUAUUCCGCCCUAUUUCAAAUUAAUUGAACCAUUAACUCUGUGUGCCAUUUUCUGGUAUAGCUGUGAUCUGUAAAAUAAAACAUAAAUCUGGUAGCAUGUAGUAGGGACACAUUUGGUUCCUGGGGUUGUACUUUGCAGAAGUGUCAAAAGGAUUAACAUUUAAGGAGGCAAUAAACAAUUAACUCCUACCCAUGUCCCUUCCGCUGGAGUGCACAUGCACUAUAUUGAGCUGGACUUCAUUAAAUUCCCUGAUGCUCUCGCAGUUGUAAGGGACUGCUAAUUCCUAUGUAGGUGACAUUACAUUACUAUUAAUUCCUAUGUAGGUGACAUUACACUACUAUAGCUGAGACAACGUAUUUUCAUAGUAAAACAGGUUGGGCCCCAUACAGGAUAUCUCUCACACACACACUCACUUAAAUCAUCCACAACACUGUCACAACAGGAUACUCCUAGCCACAGGUGCUAGCCGUCAGUUCGGCCACAACUCCCCUGAAGAUAGGGACGCACACACAUUACACACGGACUCUCGAGGACAGGACAGGGACGCAUACGUUCUUACACACUGACCCCAGAAGACAGGGACGACGCACAUACAGUACACACAUAGCUGCCGAGGACACCCAGAUAAGACACCCACAGAUUGGCAGAAAGCCUAGAUUUAGAGACAAACUAGCACACACACAUAAUCUCCCUCCCAGCCGAACAUUGUGUGACUGAAGAUAGCGCACACACCAAAUCUCCUUUUCAGCUAAACAUGGUGUGACGACCAAGAACAGGCAUGGCAGAACUCUACGAUGACGGACAGACAACUGAGCCAAUGCCGGAUGACUACACCCCAGCCUGAUCCAAUCCGAAGAUCCGAUCUCCUAGAAAUCAACCUACUUUCUGUUCUGUAUAUGAAGCUUGUACUCACUGUUAGCAAGGUUCCUUUCUGCUAGUCUCUGAUGAGCUAACAGAGGGGCCCGUAUAUACGCUGUACCAGAUAUCUUCACUCUGAAUAAACCUGUCGCUUGUCGUACAAUCUAC